CUAGGUUCUAGAGGCGUUUCACCUUGAUAUAUAUUACCGCCAUCAACUCCUGCUCUUCAAGGCGUCUCGACUCAAGGAGGAGGAGAUAAAACGCUAAAAUGCCGAAGCAAAUACAUGAGAUCAAGGAUUUUCUUCUCACAGCAAGAAGGAAGGAUGCUCGUUCUGUUAAAAUCAAGAGAAGCAGAGAUGUGGUGAAGUUCAAGGUUCGUUGCUCCAAGUAUCUUUACACGCUAUGCGUGUUUGACCCUGAAAAGGCUGACAAGUUGAAACAAUCUCUUCCUCCAGUGGCUAUUCAUGGCUGUGACCUGUCAUGUGCUCAUGCGUUUUGCACAUGUCAUCUUCUAGACUUGUUCAUGCCUUUUGCUCCUAGGUUUGAGUGUUCAGGACCUUUGAAGAAACAAUCGGAGUGAUUUUGGGCCUUUGCAUUAAUCAAGAGAUUUAUUUUAGCUUAUUUAUCUUCCUUUUUUUCUUGUGAUUUUUGAGCACUGUUUUCUUGAUUUAGUGACCGAUCGUUGAGAAACUAUCUGAUUUGUGGAGGCUUUCUUGUAUAACUUAAUUUUUAAGCGGUGGAUUUGGAGAAUCUCUUAUGGGAAAUUUUUUGUUCUCAUAAUUUUCCCUUUUUCAGGGAUUUGUCUUUUCUGAACUCCCUCCCGUGCUUAGAAAUUUACAGGCACAUAAUCAAUAGAUUUCAGGGAUUACCUAUUCACACA